UCAUUCGACCCAUUUCCAUUCCCUUUCCACCCCGUUCGAUGCUCUUCAAAUCAGUCUAUCGAGUCAAGGCAUUAUACGACUAUCUCGGUACUCGACCCGAUGACUUGUCAUUUACAGAAGAUGAAAUCGUCAAAGCACACCCUUCCAAAGAUACUGAUAGCGAUUGGUGGUAUGGUACAUCGCUGAAGACGAAUAACUGCGGCUUCUUUCCACGUACCUAUUGUGAGGUUGUCGAGAAAGCUUUUAAAGUCAAAACACUCUACGAGUUCAAAGGCGUCCGGGAUGACGACUUGUCCUUCGAAGGAGGCCAAACUGUCACAUGUCAACCUUUCCAGGAUCAGGACAGCGAGUGGUGGUUUGGUACAUCCGAUGCUACCAACGAGGCCGGUUACUUUCCUCGCACGUAUGUAGAGGUCAUUGAAAAGAAACAAGAUUCCCCUGAUCGAAGAAAAGACAGUGUGCCAGAUAUCAUUGUACACCAACCCAAACCACAACAUAAUAUACCCAUGCUCGAUAACCGAUCAUUAUCACCGCCUAUCACCAUGUCCUCAUCUCGCUCGACGCCUACCAACAAAACGGCUGGACGGUCCGCUCCUUCAUCCCCAGUGAUACACAGUGCUUCACCAAAUCUCCGAAUCGGUCGCAGGAGGGCGGCUAGUAAUGCCAGUGUCAUUGUUAGCGGGCCUAUCAGUGCACCGACAUCUGUGCGAUCCGGUAGCCCUAUUAUCGUCCGACCUGAUUCUCCAAACGUACUUAAUACAUGGGCCAAUACCAUGGAUGAAAAGGAACUGCUCAACGUUAGUCCUGAGGAACGUAAGCGACAGGAGGCUAUUUACGAGCUUAUCGUUACGGAGAGAACUUAUCUGCGAGAUCUCCAGCUUAUUGUGAAUGUAUUUUACGCCUCGUCCAGCCAGUAUAUUUCACCGGAUGCUCAGAAUAUUAUCUUUUCAAAUGUAGAGGACUUGCUGCUAUGUAAUACGGGAAUUCUUAGCGAUCUUGAGGAUCGUGAACGUGAAGGGGCCAACUUCGUUAGUGCGGUUGGCGAUAUUUUCUUGACCCACGCUGAAAAUCUCAAAUGCUAUCAAACGUAUUGUAGAAAUCAGUCGGCCGCCAGCCGCUUUUUACAGAAAAAACGGGAUGAAGACAAGGUGUUUGCCGCUUUCUUAAAGUCAUGUCAGAGUCGUCCAGAGUGUCGCUCUUUAGAUCUUUCCAGUUUUCUACUGGAGCCCAUGCAACGUAUCACCCGAUAUCCACUUCUCUUACGGCAGAUAUUGCACUCUACGCCAAAGUACCAUCAUGACUACAGCAUGGUUGCCGAUGCCAUUGAGAAAGCUGAAGAAGUUCUUAAGGAUGUCAACGAAGCAGCCCGCAAGCAUGAAAACAAGCAAAAACUUUCAGAAUUAAGCCGAUUGGUGGACCUAGAAGGCUUAGAGUCCAUCGAAAGGGCUGGCCGUGAAUUCAUGAUGGAAGGGCCGUUGUACAAGGCCAAAAGUGGACGAAAGCUUCACGCCUGUCUCUUUAACGAUAUGCUCAUUCUGGCGCAACCCAUAAGAGGAUUGAGCCCACAAGGUUAUCUGUACACGUUGUACAAAGAACCAAUGCCGACUGACCGCAUUCAUGUACGAGGCUCAGCCAAACUGGGUGCAGAUGAUACUGGGUUCCAGAUUGUGUAUGGGGAUUUAGUCAUCUCGGUGAAAGCAGCGACUGUCAGUAUGAAAAAACAGUGGAUGACCCGCAUUUCUCAGGCCAGCUCCGUUCUAUCUAGACGUUAGAACACCCGUAUUCUUCCUACUAUUGUAAACAAUAAACCGCCCCAAAUGUUUCCCCACAUUCAAGCGUCCCGGGCAAGUGGAUAACCUGUAUAUCCGGGCAUCAUAUGAACUGUGUGG